UGCCCCGUGCGACCCAGGCUGCCCUAUUCUCUGGUCACCGUGCCUGGCCAUUGGGACUGCUUCUGAUGGCUGUGGCCUGCGCUGCCCCAGGGAGCAUCUUCUGUAAGCAGCUCCUUUUCUCUCUCCUGGUUCUAACACUAUUUUGCGAUGCUUGUCAGAAAAUUUCUCUUCGAGUUCCUUCUCAUCUUCAAGCUGAAACACUUGUAGGCAAAGUGAAUCUGGAGGAGUGUCUCAAGUCGGCCAGCCUAAUCCUGUCCAGUGACCCUGCCUUCACCAUUCUAGAAGAUGGCUCAAUUUACACCACACGUGACUUCAUCUUGCCUUCUGAAAGGAAGAGCCUUUUCAUUUUUCUCUCAGACAGUCAGAGACAAGAACAAAAGCAGAUAGAAAUUGUACUGUCAGCGAGAGACAACAAGGGGCCUAAGAAGAGGCAUACCAAAGACACAGCCCUCAAGCGUGGCAAGAGACGAUGGGCUCCUAUUCCAUGUUCUCUGAUGGAGAACUCGUUGGGGCCAUUUCCACAACAUGUUCAGCAGAUCCAAUCUGAUGCCGCACAGAACUACACGAUCUUUUACUCCAUAAGUGGACCUGGUGUGGACAAAGAGCCCUUCAAUUUGUUCUUCAUAGAGAAAGACACUGGGGAUAUCUUUUGUACACGAAGCAUUGACCGUGAGCAAUAUGAUCAGUUUUUGCUGUAUGGCUAUGCGACAACAGCAGAUGGCUAUGCACCAGAGUAUCCCCUCCCCUUGUUAAUGAAGAUAGAAGAUGAUAACGAUAAUGCCCCAUAUUUCGAAUACCAGAAGACUGUCUUUAAUGUGCCUGAAAAUUGCCGAAGCGGAACUUCCGUGGGACAAGUGACUGCCAUAGACCUUGAUGAACCUGACACACUGCACACUCGUCUGAAGUAUAAAAUCUUACAGCAAAUCCCGGAUCACCCAAAGCAUUUCUCCAUUCAUCCAGACACUGGCGUCAUCACCACAGCUACACCUUUACUGGACAGAGAAAAAUGUGAUACUUACCAGUUAAUAAUGGAAGUACGAGACAUGGGAGGCCAACCUUUUGGUUUAUUUAAUACUGGAACAAUUACUAUUUCACUUAUAGAUGAAAAUGACAAUGCACCAUAUUUCACAGAAACUUUUUAUGUUACAGAAGUAGAAGAAAACAGAGUUGACGCUGAGAUUUUACGAAUGAAGGUUCAUGACAACGAUUUGCCAAACACCCCCCACUCAAAGGCUGUGUACACGAUCCUGCAGGGAAAUGAACACGAAAACUUCAAAAUCAGCACAGACCCAAAUACAAAUGAAGCAGUGUUGUGUGUUGUCAAGCCACUGAACUAUGAAGUCACUCGCCAGGUGGUUUUGAAGGUUGGUGUCCUUAAUGAAGCACAGUUUGCAAAAGCAGCCAAUUCACAAACUCCUACCAUGUGCACUACAACUGUCACUGUGAAAAUCAAAGACAGAGACGAGGGCCCUGAAUGCAAUCCACCAGUAAAAGUUAUUCAGAGUGCAGAUGGCGUCCCCGCUGGCCAGGAACUCCUAGGGUACAAAGCACUGGACCCAGAAACACACAGUGGUGAAGGCUUAAGGUAUAAGAAGUUAGGAGAUGAAGAUAACUGGUUUGAAAUUAAUGAACACACUGGCAACUUGAGAACUCUAAAAAUACUAGACAGAGAAUCGAAAUUCGUAAAAAACAAUCAAUACAAUGUUUCAGUUGUUGCAAUGGAUGCAGCUGGCCGAUCGUGCACUGGAACAUUAGUAGUUCAUUUGGAAGAUUAUAAUGAUCACCCACCCCAAAUUGAUAAAGAAGUGACCAUUUGUCAGCAAGAUAAGGAUUAUGCUGUUCUGCAACCUAUAGAUGAAGAUGGGCCUGAAAAUGGUCCACCUUUUCAAUUUCUUCUGGAUAAUGUUUCCAGCAGACUGUGGACCUUAGAAGCAAAGGAUGGUAAAACUGCCAUUCUUCGUCAACGGCAAAAUCUUGAUUAUGACUAUUACCCUGUGAUUAUGCAAAUAAAGGACAGACAUGGUUUAGCUGCAAAACAUGUGUUAACAGUGAAAGUGUGUGACUGUAUAGCUCCAUCUGACUGUAGAAUGACUGAGAAAAGUGUCAGAGAUAUUGAACCACCCAAAGUGAUUCUUGGAAAAUGGGCUAUUCUUGCCAUGGUGUUGGGUGCUACCUUGUUGUUAUGUGUUCUGUUUACGUGUUUCUGUGUGACCACUAAGAAGGUAGUGAAAAAAUGUUUUCCAGAAGAUGUAGCCCAGCAAAAUUUAAUUGUAUCAAACACUGAAGGACCCGGAGAAGAAGUGAUGGAAGCAAAUAUUAGACUCCCCAUGCAGACAUCGAACAUUUGUGACACAAGCAUGUCUGUUGGUACUCUUGGUGGCCAGGGAAUCAAAACACAGCAAAGUUUUGAGAUGACCAAAGGAGGCUACACUUUGGAUUCCAGCAAAGGAGGUGGACAUCAGACCUUGGAGUCUAUCAAGGCAGUAGGGCAGGAUCCUGGCAGAUACACAUACACAGACUGGCAGAGCUUCACUCAACCUCGGCUUGGUGAAAAGGUGUAUCUGUGUGGACAAGACGAGGAGCAGAAACAUUCUGAAGACUACGUUCGCGCAUAUAACUAUGAAGGCAAAGGGUCUUUGGCCGGCUCAGUAGGCUGUUGCAGUGAUCGGCAGGAAGAAGAGGGGCUCGAGUUUCUAGAUCAUCUAGAACCCAAAUUUAGGACGUUGGCAAAGACUUGUGUAAAGAAAUAAAUGUGGUUUCUAAUAGAAUAACAGCUACAAAUGCAUAUGUGGAAGUUAAUGUGAAACGACAGCGCUUCUGCUAAUAUUGUUUUUUAUUGGAGGUAGAGAUAAGGGUACUAUAAAUAUGAAACUCCCCUCAAUUCUCCUUGUGUGAUGUAACUUCCCUGUUCUCUAGAAAGAAAGGUGUUGUUUGUGAAUUUCCUUUUAUAUGCAUGUAUAUUUUGCCCUUUUCAAGACUGUACUGUGGGCUUUCUUGCACCUUGUAAUUGAAAACUAUUUUUUUUGUGUGCUGUGGAAAAGAGCUGGGUAUUGUGGAGGCUAAUGAAAGAUGAAUUUGCAUUUCAGAAGUACAAAUUAAAUAUUUUCUUCAAAAUUUGGGGGAGAAUUACGUUCUUAGAAAUAUUUUCUUUGGUGCCAGAGAAUUACAUCCUCUCCAAAGUGGGCUUAGAAACGAUUUUUAAGUAUUCUUAGGUGCAGUCUUGGGUUUGGUGAAUUAGUGUGUUUCUCAUACACUUUGCACUCCUCGGAGUGCUCUCCCUGGGUGCUCGGCUCUCUGCCCACGUAGAUGUGUUACCAGUUUUCUACCGCUGCUAGGAUUGUUGGAAAGACAAGAACCAGAACAAGCUCAUGGUAACCUGAGCUGCAGAGAUUUUACAAGGAUUACUCCAGAGUAUUUCCAUGAAAGAAUUGCAACCCUGAGGCUCAUGGGUUGAUUUAGGCUCACAAAUAUGUUUUGUUUGCUCAACAUGAUGUACUAUUGUUUUUAAAAUGUAAAUACCUUGCCAACAUCAUUCAUUCUCCAGUUUGAGACGGGCCUACUGUUUCUGGCAUCUCCAAGCCUCUGGAUGACUAGCCCUGAAACAUUAGGCAGUGACUCUGACACACAGACAUUCGCCUUUGGAAUAUGCCAAAAAAUUGAGUUACCAUCCAUAUUGGAACAUAAUACUCAGUCUGCAUUAGUGAUUGCUUUAAGAAAAUAGAAAAUCAGAAAUAAUGACUGGCAUGUAUAUGUUAAAAAAUUAAAAUCUAUUACACCAGCACUGAUCAAACAUUGUUUGAAUGAUGGAUAAAUGAAUGUACACAUUAGUAAUUACAUUAUUAGGUCUAAUAUUUUAUUAGGAUAUUAUAUUUUACUGAUAUAAAAAGAAACUAUAUAAUUCAAUAGUAUUUUAAUAGUCAUUUGUGGCAAAGUCUAUAAAUCUAUAAACAAUAAUAGUAUAUGUCCCGUGGAAAUUUGUCAUCGAGAUAAAAAGUGUGUUUUUUUUUAAUCUAUUAACUAGUUAACUAUUGAACAUGAGUGGUUGUUUCUUUUAAAUUUCAUGACAUCUUAUUCUCAGAUAUGUUUCUAUUAAAAUGCUUUUUGAUAUGAAGUUGGAACACAAGAAAAAAUAUUUUAGCAAGUCAGAUUUUAGUUUACAAAGUGUCCGUAAUGUAUGCUUGUAUAGCCAUUAUAAGAUAAUUUGUGGGGGUGGUGCAAUUUUUGUCAUGCUACUCAGACAAUGAUCCUAGUUCUAAAAUUUUUUAAAUAUAACAUUAUAAAUUUGGAAAUAUAAUAUCAUAAGUUAUAUUCUUAAAUGUAGGUACAGAAUGUUCUUGGAGCAAUUAAAAAUCAUUAGCCAAACAUUAAUUUAUAUGUGUUUGUCUUUCUAUUUCUUUUAUACUUGUUUAGGUAUGGAAGAGAAAAUAUGCAACAACAUAAAAGGACAAUUAAUGUCCAAACGUAGAUUUCUCAAUCACCAAGAAAAGACCCUUUAAGAAUGUUAGAAGAAUUAUUAGAAAGUGUAGGAAAUGAGUUUUCAUUAAGUAUUUUGGGCUGUUUACAAUGUUUUCAAGGUAUCAUUAACUUUUAUCUCACAGAAAAACUUUGACUACAUUUUCAUUUAUUAUAUCCCAAAUUAAAUGUUAAUCAUAUGAUUGAUAAAAUUUAUGAAACUUCACUAGACUGUUCACAAAUUUAGUUUGUUAAUAAAAGAAACAAAAGAUUGUAUUUUGUGGAUUUAUUUAAUUGUCAGUUAAUUGUCCAUAAAUGAAUGCUUAUGAAUUAUUUUUCUGUAAUUCAGUUUAUAGUGAGAAAAACACACAAUUCAAUUUACUUUUUCUUAUUUCAGA